CCACCACCAUCGCGUAGCAAAGAAUCCAGACUCCGACCGGGACCGGGACCGGGACGGCAGCUGCCCCAUGGAUUCUUCCAGUUCAUCCAACUCCUGCUUCUCCGUCAACUCCACCAGUCCCGGCGCUGUUGUGCUCCUCUACUCGGGAUGGUAAGCUCCCUCCGUGCAUGUGCCUUAGCUGCCUUGUUCAUGCUGAUUCUCAACCUGUGGAACAGUGCCUGGGACAUUGUGGGCUCUCAGCAGUUAUCUGUUGAAUGAAUGAAUCCUCCAGAGCAGUUGAAAAAAGGAGCAGAAAAAGUGGGAUGAGUUUGAAGAUAUUUUAGAGGAGAGGAGGCAUGUCAGUGACUUGAAAUUUGCAAUGAAAUGUUACACACCUCUUGUCUAUAAGGGAAUUACUCCUUGUAAGCCAAGUGAUAUUAAAUGUAGUGUUCUCAAUUCUGAAGAGGUUCACUAUGUCAUUAAACAGCUUUCAAAGGAAUCCUUUAAAUCUGUUGAUGUCCUCCGAGAGGAAGCUUGUGAGAUUUUGGAUGAAAUGAGCCACAAACUGCGUCUGGGAGCCAUCCGGUUUUUUGCCUUUGCCCUGAGCAAAAUAUUUAAACAAAUUUUCUCAAAAGUGUGUGUAAAUGAAGAAGGUAUUCAGAAACUACAACGAGCCAUCCAGGAGCAUCCAGUUGUUCUGCUGCCUAGUCAUCGAAGUUACAUUGACUUUCUGAUGUUGUCUUUUCUUUUAUACAACUAUGAUUUACCUGUACCAGUCAUAGCAGCAGGAAUGGACUUCCUGGGAAUGAAGAUGGUUGGUGAGCUGCUACGGAUGUCAGGUGCCUUUUUCAUGCGACGCACCUUCGGUGGCAAUAAACUCUACUGGGCUGUAUUCUCUGAAUAUGUAAAAACUAUGUUACGGAAUGGUUAUGCUCCUGUUGAAUUUUUCCUCGAAGGGACAAGAAGCCGCUCUGCUAAGACACUGACUCCUAAAUUUGGUCUUCUAAAUAUUGUGAUGGAACCAUUUUUCAAAAGAGAAGUUUUUGAUACCUACCUUGUUCCAAUUAGCAUCAGUUAUGAUAAGAUAUUGGAAGAAACUCUUUAUGCGUAUGAGCUUCUAGGGAUUCCUAAGCCAAAAGAAUCUACAACUGGACUGUUGAAAGCCAGGCGGAUUCUCUCUGAAAAUUUUGGAAACAUCCAUGUAUACUUUGGAGACCCUGUGUCACUUCGAACUCUGGCUGCUGGCAGGAUGAAUCGGAGCCCAUAUAACCUGGUUCCAAGGUAUAUUCCUCAGAAACAGUCAGAGGACAUGCAUGCCUUUGUCACUGAAGUUGCUUUUAAAAUACAGCUGCAGCAAAUUCAAAACCUGGUUCUGAGCCCAUGGUCCCUGACAGUUGCUGUUCUGCUUCAGAACCGGCCAUCCAUGGACUUUGACGUGCUGGUGGAAAAGACUUUAUGGCUGAAAGGUUUAGCCCAGGCCUUCGGGGGGUUCCUCAGUUGGCCCGGUAAUGAACCUGCUGAAGAAGUUAUCCAGUCCAGCAUUCUUCUACAUUCCAACAUGGCCAAUCUUGUCAAAGAUCAAGUGAUUCUGAAAGUAGACUCUGGAGACUCAGAAGUAGUCAAUGGACUUAUUUUCCAGCAUAUCACUCUCCUUAUGUGCUCGGCUUACAGGAACCAGUUGCUCAACAUUUUCGUCCGACCUUCGUUAGUAGCUGUAGCAAUGCAGAUGACACCUGGGUUCAGGAAAGAGGAUGUCUACACUUGUUUUCACUUCCUACACAAUGUUUUUUUGGAUGAAUUUAUCUUCCUUCCAGGAAACACAUUAAAGGACUUUGAAGAAGGCUGUUACCUGCUUUGUAAAAUUGAGACUGUACAAGUAACAACAAGGGACAUCCUAGUUACAGAGAAAGGAAAUACUGUGUUAGAAUUUUUAACAGGACUCUUUAACCCUUUUGUGGAAGGUUACAUGAUAAUUUGCAAAUACCUCUUGAAAGAAGAUGAUGAUUUCACCGAGAAACAGUAUUUGGCUGGAGUCAGAAAAUUCACAAGUCAGCUUCUCGAUCAAGGUGCCUCGCAGUGUUAUGAUGUAUUAUCUUCCGACAUACAGAAGAACACCUUAGCAGCUUUUGUGCGGUUAGGUGUGGUAGAGAAGAAGAAGCUAAAUAAUGACUAUAUAUUUAAUGUGAAUGAAUCUGCCACAACAAAAUUAGAAGAAAUGCUUGGUGGAAAGAUACCAGUAGGAAAAUCAGUGAUUGCAAAACUUUAAUAAUUGCCAAACACUUAUGGAAAAUUGUGUUAUAUAAUUACUGUCAUCUAAGAACUCUUAGUACUGCAAACGGAAGAAGAGGAAAAGCCUAUGUUUGCAUAAUCCGACUUUGAGAAUGGUGGGCUCAGUGGAGAAAAGAAGAGGUGACCAAUGGAAGCAGUCAGUGUAAUCUUCACCACAGUGGGUAGAAAGGCAUUUGUAUCCAAGUCUGUGUGAGUUUUAAAAUAAAACAGUCUUUUGGAAACAUGU